AACAGACUCUUCUUCAGUUUUCACUCCCCCCCGCUCACCCCACCCCACCCAUCUCCACCAGAUCCCAUUUCCCCAACCAUCGCCGGCGAACCAUGCUGCCGCCGGAUCUCCAAACGCGGUCCUACCGUCCGUACAUCUCACCAUCGUUAAGCGCACCUAACUUCCCAACCACUUUCCAUAACGGUCAUCCCUCACCUGACCGAAACCCUAACUCCAAUUUAAAAAACUCACGCCUCAAAACGACGUCGUUUGGCCACAACGCUAGGGUUUCAAUCGUGCUUGUUCCAUGUGGUUUGUUUCUUCUAGACCUAGGUGGCACUCCUGUUGCUGUUGCCUUAACUUUAGGAUUAAUGAUCGCCUACAUUCUCGAUUCAUUAAACUUCAAAACCGGUUCGUUUUUCGCGGUCUGGUUUUCGCUUAUUUCUGCACAGAUUGCUUUCUUCUUUAGCUCUUCUUUGCUUACAUCUUUUAAUUCUGUUAUUCUAGGCUUAAUUGCUUGUUUAGUUUGUGCUUUGUGUAACUUCUUGAUUGGUGUUUGGGCUUCCCUUCAGUUUAAAUGGAUGCAAAUUGAGUAUCCGGCUAUCGUAAUCGCCUUAGAACGGAUACUGUUUGCGUGUAUUCCGUUUAUAGGUUCGGUGCUUUUUAGUUGGGCGACUGUUUCAGCCGUCGGGAUGCCGAAUGCUGGUUAUUAUCAUAUGGUGUUUAACUGUGUCUUCUAUUGGUUGUAUUCCGUUCCUAUGGUUUCGUCGUUUAAGUUGAAGCAAGAAGUUAGUUAUCAUGGUGGUGAAGUUCCUGAUGAUAAUUUAAUCCUUGGGCAGCUUGAGAGCUGUUUGCAUACUUUGAAUUUGCUGUUUUUUCCGUUGAUGUUUCAUGUCGCGUCUCAUUAUUCGAUUAUGUUUUCGUCUGCUUCGACAAUUUGUGACUUGUUUCUGCUUUUUUUCAUUCCGUUUUUGUUUUUGCUUUAUGCGUCGACUAGAGGGGCUUUGUGGUGGGUUACUAAAAGUGAGAACCAGUUAAGGAGUAUUAGAGUUGUAAACGGUGCUGUUGCUUUGGUCAUUGUUGUUGUUUGCUUGGAAGUCAGGGUUGUUUUCCAUUCGUUUGCGCGGUAUGUUCAGGUUCCUUGGCCGUUGAAUUAUAUUUUGGUUACGCUCACGAUGCUUGGAGGGGCUGCCGGCGCUGGUGCUUAUGAAAUGGGUAUGAUUACUGAUGCUUCUAGCUCAUUGGCUUUCACUGGAUUGGCUGUUUUUGUCAGUGCUGCUGGAGCGGUCGUCGUGGGAUUCCCUGUGCUGUUAAUUCCACUCCCUGCUAUAGCUGGAUUCUAUUUAGCUCGUUUUUUCACAAAGAAGAGCCUCUCAUCAUAUUUUGCGUUUGUUGUUCUCGGGAGCUUGAUGGUGACAUGGUUUGUAGCACAUAAUUUCUGGGAUCUCAAUAUUUGGCUUGCAGGCAUGUCAUUGAAGUCCUUUUGUAAGCUUAUAGUUGCUGAUGUCAUAUUAGCAAUGGCUGUUCCUGGUCUGGCCCUUCUUCCACAAAAGCUUCAUUACUUAACGGAAGUUGGUUUGAUUGGUCAUGCCUUGCUGCUGUGCUACAUUGAGAACCGCUUUUAUACGUACUCUGGUAUAUAUUACUAUAGUUUUGAUGAUGAGGUCAUGUAUCCAAGUUACAUGGUUGUUUUAACAACUUUUCUUGGGCUGGCUCUUGUGAGAAAACUUUCUGUUGACCACCGCAUUGGACCAAAAGCAGUUUGGCUCUUAACUUGCUUGUAUUCAUCAAAGCUCACCAUGUUAUUCAUGACAUCAAAGGCUGCUGUAUGGGCUUCGGCUAUGCUUCUAUUGGCCGUGUCUCCCCCAUUGCUUCUAUACAAGGAUCGAUCAAGAACAGCCUCAAAGAUGAAACCUUGGCAAGGCUAUGCACAUGCUGUGGUUUUUGCUUUGUCGGUCUGGUUUUGUCGUGAAUCUAUCUUCGAAGCUCUGCAAUGGUGGAACGGUAGAUCUCCUUCAGGGGGUUUACUUUUGGGCUUCUGUAUACUGUUGACUGGAUUGGCCUGUGUUCCUAUCGUUGCUCUUCACUUUUCUCAUGUCAUGUCUGCUAAAAGAAGCUUGGUGAUCAUUAUAGCAACAGGUAUUCUUUUUAUAGUUAUGCAACCGCCACUCCCGUCAUCUUGGACAUACCAUUCUGAGUUAAUCAAAGCGGCUCGCCAGUCAUCUGAUGAUAUCUCAAUUUACGGUUUCAUCACAUCAAAGCCUACGUGGCCAUCAUGGCUGCUUAUCUCUGCUAUACUCCUCUCACUUGCUGCAAUCACUUCCAUUAUCCCUAUCAAAUAUGUAGUCGAGUUAAGGAUGAUUUUCUCCGUUGCCAUGGGAAUUGCUCUUGGUGUAUUCAUAUCUGCAGAGUACUUCCUUCAAGCAACAGUUUUGCACAUCCUUAUAGUGGUGACCAUGGUCUGCACCUGUGUAUUUGUGGUUUUCACACAUCUCCCAUCUGCAUCAAGCACAAAGCUCCUGCCAUGGGUGUUUGCUUUACUUGUUGCUCUAUUUCCAGUCACCUAUUUGUUGGAGGGUCAGGUCAGGAUGAAGACCAUCUUAGCUGAGAGUGGAGUUGGGGAUUUGGGUGAGGAAGACAGUAAGUUGACUGCUUUGUUGGCGGUCGAGGGGGCAAGAACAUCUCUUCUUGGCUUAUAUGCUGCAAUUUUUAUGCUUAUAGCACUUGAGAUUAAGUUUGAGCUGGCAUCACUCGUUCGGGAAAAAGUCAAUGAGAGGGGUGGCCUUAGACAUAGUCAAUCUGGUCAAAGCAACAACUCCCUGCCUAAGCAGAGGUUCAUGCAGCAACGUCGAGUGUCUACUGUCCCUGCCUUUACAAUCAAACGAAUGGCUGCAGAAGGGGCAUGGAUGCCAGCUGUCGGUAACGUGGCUACGGUUAUGUGUUUUGCCAUAUGCCUUAUCUUGAAUGUCAAUCUUACAGGCGGGUCAAACCGUGCAAUAUUCUUCUUGGCGCCUAUACUUUUGUUGCUUAACCAGGAUUCAGAUUUUGUUGCGGGAUUUGGGGACAAGCAGAGGUAUUUCCCAGUUACAAUUGUGAUAUCUGGUUAUUUGGUUUUGACUUCACUGUAUAGCAUAUGGGAAGAGAUAUGGCAAGGGAAUGUUGGUUGGGGGAUUCAAAUUGGCGGGCCUGAAUGGUUUUUUGCAGUGAAAAAUUUGGCUUUACUGAUUUUAUCAUUUCCGAGCCAUAUUAUGUUUAAUCAGUUUGUGUGGAGUUAUAAAAAGAGGAAUGACUCGAUGCCAUUGCUUACGAUACCUCUUAAUUUGCUUCCAUCGAUCAUAACAGAUGUGGUGAAGAUAAGAAUAUUGGGGCUGUUAGGAAUCAUAUAUUCUCUGACCCAGUAUCUAAUAUCUAGACAACAAUAUAUGUCAGGAUUGAAGUAUAUCUAGGUUUUAGACAGAGAGAAGGUUAUAGAAACAUUUGUACAAUUAAUGUUUUUGGCAAUUUCGGAUUAAGGCAAGCAGAUUGGUGUUUCUCUUUUUUGUGCUACAUGUUAACUUGUAACCAUGAGGCUCUGGGGAUCACACUUUUGCAGAACUUGAAAAGAAUAUGCCAAAGGUGGUCGAGCCCCCCUGCUUUAGCCAAUGUUAGCUGGAGAAUCAUGGUUUUGGCUUGAGGUGCAUAUGCUAUGUUUUAGUUUAAAUGUGAAAGAAAAUAGUGUAAUGAAUAGUCGAAGCAUAUGGACGACAAUUUUCAUGCCACGAAUCGUGAUCUUUCUAAUUGACCCGGGUUAAAGUAGUUACAAAA